UUACGAAAUUGACCCCUUCCAAGAACGAACGCCAACCCCAAAACCCUUGAGAAACCCUACACCUUUUUCAGCAAGAAAUUCUAGAAACUUCGACGAUGUCCCAGAACGAUCCGUCGCCAUUUAUAAACCUUCCCCUGUUAGUAUCCAAGGUGUAUUGCUGCUGAUUGAUUUGAAGAAAUGGCGAAGCGUUUGAUCCCACUUUUGAACAGAGUGCUUGUGGAGAAAAUCGUACCACCUUCCAAAACCACCGGCGGUAUUCUCCUGCCGGAAAAAUCAUCCAAGUUGAACUCUGGGAAAGUUGUUGCUGUUGGACCGGGACUGAGGGACAAAGAUGGGAAUAAUGUCCCAGUGGCCGUUAAAGAGGGCGAUACUGUUCUUUUGCCUGAAUUUGGAGGGACGCAAGUUAAAUUAAAUGAGAAAGAGUACUAUUUGUAUCGCGACGACGAUAUCUUGGGGACCCUACACGAUUAGCUCUGAUUGUAGGACUGGAACUGUUGUUGAGGAUAAGAUUUGAGUGUUCAGUUCCUGCUUUUGGAUCGGAGGUUAAAAUUACUGUUUUGCUAGGGAUGAAGGAUGCUGCCUCAUGGUGUUACUUUGCAACCUUGCCAAUGAAUUAGAAUCCAUCAUUUCUAUGUCUUUUUCUGCCCUCAUGUUUUGUUCUGCAUAGAAAUGUUGCCAUUCUUGUGUGUGUGAUGUAAUAAUACUCGCGGAAAUACACAAUUUUUUAUGUAUGUUAUGAGAUGAGAGGUGGUAAUCGACAGAAUUUGUGUGCGCCUUGUAUUGUUGUAGUUUUAGACCGAUUUGAGGGGAUCAAAAGCUAUUAUUUGAAAGGAUUGAUAGAACUAAUCAUAUAUGAAGUUAUGUGUUGUGGAAGUCCACCAAUAACAA